UGCUCACAUCUUUUUCUCAGCUGCGGCCAUUGCUGUGCGGCCUCCGCUGCGCGCCCACUGAGAACCGCGCACGACACGCCAAGUCGUUUAUAGUGGCUGCCAGACGUCGCAGAGGAGCUGUGCUUGGCGAGACGCCCCCCCGUAGCGUUAGUGGAGCGCCCUCUGCCUCAUUCGCCUGGGCACUCUUUACGCCGUCCGCCGCGAUGCCGCGAGGCAGACGACGACGAACACGGGCCCCAGCGCUCGCCCUCUGCGCCACAGCGCUCACGCGAAGCGCCCUCGCCCUCGCGCCGAUCGGCGCGCCCGCGGCGGCGUUCACGACCGAGCUCCACCGACGCCAAUUAAGUACAAAGGAGGACCACACGAUCUCCCUGACGGACUAUUUUAAUAAUCAGUACGUCGGCUCGCUGGAGAUCGGCACGCCGCCGCAGAAGCUGACGGUCGUGUUCGACACCGGGAGCAGCGACUUGUGGCUGCCGGCCAAAAAGUGCGGCGCCAAGUGCGGCAAGCACGACACCUUCGACGGGUCGAAGUCGUCCACAUAUGAACAGGUCAUGAACCCGCACGGCACGCCCGCGGCUUUUGAAGUGGACUACGGCAGCGGUCGCGUCACGGGCGCGCAAGCCAGGGACACCGUUACUGUUGGUGGCCUCAAAAUAGAGAAGGUCAAGUUCGGCGAGGUGGACUACGAAGAUGAAGAAAUUAGGGAAUUUAUGAUGGACGGGAUUGCAGGGAUGGCCUUUCCAGGCUUAGCCAUGGUCACGCAGCCCACGUUACUAGAGUUGUUGCACGAGCAGCACCCCGAGGUGCCCUACCUCUUCUCCGUGUAUUUGUCGACGAAUCCCGACGAUAAAAAAUCCCAUCUGGCCUUCGGAAGCUACGACUUAUCGCUCGUGGGCAAGAACGCGUCGUGGCACUACACGCCGUUAGUGAGACGCGGCGACGAGGACACGACCUUAAGAUACUGGCUCACGAAACUCAAAGGAGUAGAAUUAGAAGUGGGCGACGCGUGGUGCGCCAAGGGCUGCUACUCGAUUGUCGACAGCGGCACGUCCGGUCUAGGAUUGCCCGAUGAUGUGUAUGACGACUUCGUCGCGGCCGUGACACGCGGCUUGAACUGCAAGGACGUCACGUGCUACUACGCGAGCGAGGACGAUUUUCCCGACCUGAGUUUUAGUCUCGAACCGGACAACGUCUUUCCUUUACGAGCGCGCGACUACGUGUCGUGCUCGCGCUGGGGCGAGUGCGUCGUCAAGGUGCAGAAGGCGUCGGGGUCCCCGUACUGGAUUUUAGGCGACGUCUUCACGGAGGCCUAUUAUACGUUAUACGACGUGGAGAAUUUGCGGGUGGGCUUUGCGUGCGAGGGCGAGUGCGAGGGCGGCGGCUGGCACGGCAAGGGCGGCUACGUGGACGUCGACGACCCGUCCGUCUGGGCGCAGCUGUUGGUUGCGUUCGCUGCUUUAUCGGUCGUGGGCAUCCUAGCUCAUAGUUGUUACCGCUACGCCAAGAUUCGGCGACGCACAAAGCGCUUCUACGCGGCCCAGGCGGCGGCGGCGCCGCCGAUGCCGCCCGCGCCGGCGUCGCCGAAGCCCAAUGUUGGGGAGGGCGACAUCGAGAGCGUCGCGUUGUGAUGUGUAAGAGACUGUGUCUGA